UCUGAUCGUCUCAAGUCUGUGUUCAGACACAAUUGCCAUCGAGAAGCUGCCCUGAGGACCCAGACUUCCUGUUUCCUGACUGCUGCAGAACAUCCAGCUGAAGAAUCCUCAUCGCCUGUCAUCUGAUCACCACAUCACCACAGCUGUUUAUAUUUGCUUUACAUUUUAGAUAUCUGAAAGAUUUACACACGCUCUACUUAAAAACUAAGAGUUUUAUUAUAGCCUGUUGAUUGAUUGUGAUUUAUUCUGUAUAUCCCUUUACAGAAGCUAAGAUCUAGUCAUUAACAAGUCUGGUUAAAAUAUCAGAAGUAAAAAUACUCUGUUUUGGAAAAAGCUACAAUAAAUCUGAGCCAAGUGUUUUCAAAGAACUGAAUAUCUUUUAUAUUGAGUUUGGAGUAAAGUCAACCUUUUACAUCUAUUUACAUAUUUAUAAAAACAUUGGAACAUUUUUAUAUUUAUAUUUACAUUUUUUCAGAUUUAAUAGUAACUUGAAACGUUAUUAGUUCUUCACUGUUUCCAGGUUGAGUUUUGUUUAUAUCUUUGUAUAAAUACGUAUAAGCUUCAGUUUGUACUUCAAUAAAAUGCCGAGAAAAGGUCAAAGGUCGCAGUCCCAGAAGCUUAGAUGGCAAAAGCAGCGAGAACAGGUAAAUGUUUCUCAGACCGAUGAGCAGGUAAAGGUGUCUGUUACAACUGUUCCCAGUCCAGAAGUGCAGAGCAGUGUUCAGACAGCCGCAGUGUCUUAUGCAGAUGUGGUAAAGAGAGGUGUUCGCUCAGCAUGUGUGCCAGAUGCUAAAGUACAGCAGGUAAUCCAGACUGAACCCCAGGUAACUGUACAAACGCAGCAUGAUGGAGAAGCUCCAGGACCGUCUCAUGUACAGGUUACAAAUAGUGAAACUCGACCACUAGUGAGUAGCAUCUGUGCAUCCCGAAGCCAGGCCUCUGCUAAGUAUGGAAAGUACAGGAAUCAGCAAUGCAUGGCUAACAGUUUGGUUUUCCUGUCAUUCUUACACGAGGAUGAAUUCAUUACCAGAGCAGAUCUUAACCGUGUUUUGGACAAAGGCCAUUCCAUGUAUUCAGAUGCCAGAAAGAGGUUUGUGAACAGCGUGUUUCUAGCCUCCGAUGAGCUUCCCUCAGUGGUCACCAGCCGCGGACACGAGUAUCAAGUGGAUAUGUCUCAGUUUGCUCAUUACGGCACAUUUGAUGGUACAGAUGAUCUUCCGAGCCUUGAACAGGGACUACAGUGUUUGGCUUCAGCAGUUCGCUACGCUUUGCUAGUCAUGGGAGGAAACGUCAUUGCAGUUUGCAGGCUGACUUCAGGUGAAUAUGCAUAUUUUGACCCUCACCCACGUAAGUCUACAGGAAUGCCAUUGUCGCUAGCUGUAAGUGGUGGAACUGCAGUUAUGUUGAAAUUCACACGUCUUAACGACAUGAUUGACAUGCUCAAACGUUUGUACCGAAUGCUUAGCAUCGCACCAACUUGCACUUAUGAGCUACAGCCUGUCGAGUUUCACAGUGGAAACACUACUAACCAAAAAGAUGCUAAUCAAACCACUGAAUACAGACAAACAGCUAAAAGUGCUCCAGAACCAGUUCUCAAUGAAACUGUUCAUGAAUUAAACUUCCAAACGUCCACUGAGCAGAUAUGGAAAACUGUGACCGACACUUUAACCACUGAAGUGACAUCAUCCAGAGUGAAUUAUUCAAAUGAGCCAGCAGGUGCUGAGAUUAACUAUCAUUUUGAAAAAGAAACAUUUGCAUCUUCUCUGACAGAAACUCCAGUAACAUCAGAUUCUGUUCCUCAGAAUGAUUCAAGUACUGCCUCCUGUUUAACUAAGACAAGAGAUGAGCUCUCACAUAAACUGCUGAAACGUAAUAAACAGGAAAGGAGAAAAAUGAGGAGAAGAUUAUUGUCCCAACCCAAACUACCACAAAGAAAGGAAAAUCAGAAAAAGAAAGAAAGGCAGAUGUACACUUUUGAUGAAAGCUUUAAGGCAAAGAAAAAAAAUUCCUGUAGAAAGUCUAAUGACCCAGAUCACAGACAGAAGAAGAGUGUAUACAAAAAUAAUCUGUAUAAACAAAAUCCAACAUAUAGACAGAAACAGAGAGAACAUUUCAGAAAGAUCUAUAAAGAAAGGGAAGGUAUGAAGGAGCAAAUGAGAAGGAUCUAUAAAGAAACUGCUAAAAUUAGAGAGAGAAAAAGAGAACGUGUCAUAAGGAUAUGCAUCGACCAGCUGAAAGUUUUCAGUGUCAUCCAGAUAACAGUUUACUGA